AUGUCGCGACAUCAACCAACCCCGGAGCCACGGCGCCGGUCCUCACGGCGCCGGUCCUCGGAGCGGGGCGGCAACGGCCCCGAUACGAUGCAGCCGCGGCCGUAUCUCGUCGAGUGGAGCGCGCAAACCUGUCGACAACGAGGGGUGCUGGACGUCGACGAGCUGAGGGAGGAGAUGGGCGCGCCGGAACGACCGGGCUGGAGACGGCUGGUUAUCAUGAGGGGGAGCGAGAGCGAGAUGGACUUGGCCGUGGGCUUGGAGCUGGCUGAAGGGAGGGGGCGGAGGAGAGCGUCUGGAUGGGCGUGGGAGUAUCCUGAAAUUGAGACGAAGGCCGACACUGAGCCGUCGAGUAAUGGUCGAAAGGGUAUCGAGGAGGACGGCCCAGAGAGACGGAUAAAGGAAAAAGGCAUCCGCCUCUGCCGCGCCGCCCUCUCGACUAACACGCGCAUCCCCAUCCUCCUCCUCGACGGCCUCCCCCCACAGACACCGCACCGCCCUCCCCGCCUCUCACGGCACUCCCACCAGCGCCGACAAUCCAGCGCCAACCGCCCCCCGCGCCCCGAGAACACCCCCGGCGGCGCGUAUCCCCCGGAGCGCUCGGGGCUGGAAGACGCGCUGUGGGACGUCCUCGGUGACGGGCGGCCGCUGGAGUCGGUCCUCGCUGAGCUGGCGUAUGACGCUUGGCUGUUUGCGCUGGACUCGCUGCCGCCGCACGAGGGCGAUUCGGUGGAGAUUCUGUGGGCGUUGGCGCAGGCGCUGGAGAGUAAUGCCGACACUGCGAAGAGCAUGGAGCGGCGUGGUCUCGGAGUCGGUCCUGAUGGUGUAACUGCAGCAGACUGGACAGCUCUGGCAGAGCGUCUUCACCGCCGAAUGCAUCUCUCCGUUGCCUUAUCCCUCCAGGUAACGAAGCAGCCUCAGGAACCGUCGCAGAAGGCCAACUCCCGCAGCCUCGACCGCAUCGCCUACCUCGGCGGGCUGCUCUUCCCGGCCACCGUCGUCUCGGGCGUGCUCUCCAUCGAGGGCACGUACGGCCCAGAGGGCUCCGCCUUCUGGGUCUUCUGGCUCGCGGCGGGCCUAUCGUCCAUCGCGGCCCUGCUCAUCAUCUACGCCGACACGCUGCGCACGCUGGACGUGUGGAUGGAAGUCGCCGCGGGCGAGUUCGCCGAGGGCCUCGACGCCGCCGACGACGGGAUCCAGGCGCUGCGACACCACCGCCGCCGGCGCGGCCAGCAGCAGAACUUCCAGACGGCCGGCGACGAGGAGCGCGGCGAGGCGAGGGUCACGACGGCGGCUGAUGGCGGCGUGUACGUGGUGCAGCGCAGGGGGGACGGGACGAGUGGACGCGCGUGGCGACGCAGGGAGUUGGGAUGGUUGGGCGCGGUGAAGAAGAUGAGCGGGUGGUACAUGAUGCGAGGCAGCCCGGGGAUGGCGUUCAAGAUGCCCGGUUGGGAAGAACGGGUGGUGGACUUGUGGUGA